ACCGGCUGCCCACAAGCCUCGCGAGAUCCCAGGUGACGCCCGGGCUGUGCCGCGGCUCGGGGCACCGGGAGGAUGGCAGCGGCAGCCGGGCGGCUCCUGGCGGCGACCCUGGCUCGCUCGGGGCGUGCGGGUUGGGGCGCGCCGGGCCGGGCCCCGGCCGUGCCGCUGGUGCCCUCCCGGGGCGCCACCGUCACCCGCAGCGGCGCCAUUUUGCCCAAGCCGGUUAAGACGCCCUUCGGCCUCCUCAGAGUGUUCAGCGUGGUGAUCCCUUUCCUGUAUGUUGGUACUCAGAUCAGUAAGAACUUCGCAGCCUUACUUGAAGAACAUGAUAUCUUUGUCCCAGAGGAUGACGAUGACGAUGAUUAAAGGCACUGGAACAGAGGAACAGACGGGAGAAAGGCAUUGACAAAACAAUGGUUCCAACAUCUGUCACCUGUUUUGUCCUUCCUAAAGGGGACAGGGGGCCUUGUAUCCCCUUUUGCCAGUGAGUGUCCUGCACAUCUCUGUAUGCUGGAAUUCUGUAGAUCAGGGUUGAAGGAAGUGCUUGACAGGCCCUGCAUCCUUGCACACACAUGCUCACCUCAUCAAAGACUGCUUGGGAUGCCUUUAAUUAGCAACAUGGGAAACAAUUAAAGAUCAAGAGAUUGACAUGUGCAA